GUUCUGUUCUUCUCUUUCUCCCCCUCUCAGCUCAAAUCUUUUCCAUUGCUUCAUUCUCUCUUUCUCUCCUAAUUCUUCAUCUGGGUCAGUUUGAUUUUCUCGGAAAAUCAAAUUUUUCCGAGAAAGUUUUCGUUUUUACUUCAAAAUUGAUACCCACAAAAUCGGUUGCUUCAGCAGAAAUCACAAGCUGUUAUUAUUAGGUUUGUAUCUGUGAAGAAUAGGGUGUUCUGGAUUGCCUUGAUUCUGCUACAAUGGAGUUUAAGGAUCAAGUUGAAGGCACAAAGUCAACUAUAAUCGGCACAAUUAGGAAGUGUCAUUCCAAAGGUGGAGCAGUAUCUGAAAAUGUUGCGAAGUCACAGGAUAUACCUUCUGUUGGAAACGACCAGACUCCCAAGGCAAGGAAACCGUAUACCAUCACAAAACAAAGGGAGAAGUGGACUGAAGAAGAGCAUCAAAAGUUCGUCGAGGCUUUGAAAUUAUAUGGCCGCGGCUGGCGUCAAAUUGAAGAACAUAUAGGAUCUAAAACCGCAGUUCAGAUUCGAAGCCAUGCUCAAAAGUUUUUCUCUAAGGUUGUGCGGGAACCUGAAGGCAGCGCUGAAAGUCCUAUUCAGCCAAUUGACAUACCUCCUCCUCGGCCAAAGAGGAAACCUCUUCAUCCAUACCCUCGCAAAUCAGUUGACUCUUUCAAAGGACAGUCCGUCCUAAAUGAAUCGGAAACAUCUCCAUCGAUUAACCUGUCAGUUGCAGAAAACAACACUCAAUCUCCAACCUCGGUACUAUCUGCAUUUGGUUCGGAAGCAUUUGGGUCAGCAGCAUUUUCUGAGCAGACUAACAGAUGCCUUUCUCCGAACUCUUGUACCACCGAGAUUCACCCAGUCAGCUUGUCGCCUCUUGAAAAAGAAAACGAUUGCCAGACAUCGAAAUCCUCUGAGGAGGAAGAGAAAGGAACUCCAGCUUCAGUUCCUUUAUCCACCGAAUCAAAACCAAUUACAUGCACGAAGUUGGAGAUUAUUUCUUCGGAAGAAACUCAAUGUUUCAAGGAAGAUGCUGCGGAUAUGCCACAGAUCACUAGUAUUAAGCUGUUUGGCAGAACAGUCUCUAUGGUUGAUACUCAGAAAACAAUAAAGAUCAAAUCUGAUGAAGCUGUUGAGAAUGAGAAAGCUGGCAUAGAAGAGGAAUCAGAGAAACUUGUUACAGAACUAUCACUAGGCAUGUGUAGUGGUAAUUGUCAAAGUACGGAACAACCGAAGGAGAAUCCGUGCGUCGGAGAAUGCGCAUCAUCUUUACCAUGUUGGAGUUUGUACCAAGGCCUUCCAGCUUUGAGCCUCAAGCCAUGCAAUCAUCAGAUUUUAAGUCCUGUGCCUGUCAGGCCUUGUUUGAAGGUAAGAACUCGAGAGGAGGAAAGUUCUUGUACCGGUUCUAAUACCGGAUCGGUUUGUGACAUGGAAAAUCAAAGCAAGAACAAUUCAUCAGAUACCGAUGAUACUCAAAGUAAAAAACAUCAUCAUGAAGGAGUGUUCCUUAAGAAAUCUGGAAGAGGGUUUGUACCAUAUAAAAGAUGUGUAUCUGAAAGAGACGAAAAUUCUUUAAUUGUUGGGUUGGAAGAAAGAGAAGGGCAAAGAGCUCGUGUGUGUUCAUAGCUUUCUAUUCAAUUCUUUUUCAAUUUUCAUUGUGGUUGUCAAAGAAAAAAGUUGCUGAGAAUAAGGAACUGAUUUUUGGUAGCUGUGAUCUAAUUGUUUCUGAUUGUUAAGUAUCUCAGAUUUUCAAUUCUUUUUGCAAUGUUUUGUAAUAUGAAUAUUGUCCAUUUGAUGUCUAAUAAUUCUUCUGAUGUUUCAUUUUA